ACGUGAUUUAUAUGUACUCUUUUUCCAAACAGUAUGUUUGAUUUCCAUGUAAAAAGGUUAAUCGUAGGAUCCAUUUCUACAUUUUCAAGGAAGUGCAGAGGGGGGCUUAGAGGCUAGAGCUGGUACCAUGUAGAUUUCUAUGUCAGAUGGUGCUUAGACCUGGUGGUUAAGUUGUUGUAUGCUACCUUUAUCUCAUGUUUCCUCUUUCAAAUGUCACCUCUAUUAUGCUUUACCACCUUAACUUUUGUUCAUUUUGUUGAUUUAAGUUUUGGCAGGCCAAGGAGCCCUGUUGUAGAACUGCCAGUUUAGUUUGUGACGCUAGAGGAAGUGUUGUUGAUGCUGAGAACAGGACAAGGAUGAUAGUUGAGUUGCUUGAGCUCCACCAUAGUGGUGCUUCUAUGGUCAGUGGAGCAUCUAUUUGAUCUUUGUUUACUUUUAGCUUUAAUGUGGUUUAUAUGUUCCUUCUCUUAUUGUUCAUUGUUUUAUUUUGGUUGGGUGUGGAAAUGGCAUAGGAUGCAAAGCACUUUUGCAGCGGGAUAAUCAAGUCUAUUGAGUCUCACAACCCAUGGUUACACAUCAUGCAACAUGUGUAAGAAAAACUGCUCUACAUGGAGGCAGAAUGGCUACUGGUGUCCGAACAUUGGGAAAUUUCAGAGAAUUAGGUCACAAUUGGGUAUGAACGUUACUUUGCAUUGUUUCUUUAUAUGAUUGAUUUUAUGUUAUUAUGGUGUUUGCUGGUGCUUCUUUGUUGAUCAUCUUGCUCAAUAUUAGGCAUUUUCAAGCUGCUCGAUUGCCCCCCCUGUAAUUCUUCCGAAUUACGAAUAGUAUUCAAAAUCCUCUGUUUUCGAUUGUUCCGUUGGUGUGAUCCCCUGAAAAUGUGUUGUGUUUCCUUUGUUGGCUGUCAAAUACUAGAUCCAACUUACUUUGAAGGAUGCAACUGGAGAUGCCCCUUUCAUUCUCUUGGCUCAGAGGUACCCUUAUAGAUCAGAGCAACUACAUUAGAGUUGGGCACACUUUAUGGCCAGUUUGUCAAGUUUGAUGUUAAGCUGCAAAUGUUGGAAUCUAAUGGUGUGUCAACUGGUGAGUUCAAAGUUUUUCGGGUUAUUCCUCAGCAGAAUCAUGAGAUUCAGACAAGCGAGCCAUGACAAUAUGGAUAGGUCCCGGAUUUCUCUGCCUUCUCAGAACGAUGACAAUCAAUCUGGAACAAUUUUGGCCUCGACACCAUUGAAAUUGACAGCUGGACAUGAUCCUCCCCAUCAAGCCAACCUCAUGGGGGAUUGUCCAUUAAUGAAAAAUUACAAGUCCUGGAAAUCUGUGUCCGAGGAGCAAUCAGGAAGGGAAGCUCAAGUGUGUCAUUCAAUGAUAACAGUCAGGGUUGCUUUUGAGAAAUUGUUUACUGUUAUGUAAUGGCACGGGCGAUUAAUGCCAGAUGUGAUGUUUGUGAACAAGUAUUGUAGUAUAUAACGAAAGUGAUGUUAUCACAGCCAGGCACCAUGUAUAAUGUAUAUGCAAACUAAUGUAUGGUGCCUUGGCGAACAUGUGCCAACUAUAGCCUAUGUAGUCUAUAAUAUGGCAUGAAUGGUUGUUCUAUUUAUUAGAUGCUCUGGUGGUGGUGGAUUUCUUUAUGUGAAUAUUUGUACACCAACAGUGUAGUUAUGAUGUGGUGUGAUCACAUUCAAACCUAUCCGAUAACAGAUUUAUUUAUGCACUUCCAGUUGGUAAGUUAUGUGAUCAGUGGAUAAAUAUCAAAUACCCAUGCAUGUUUAGCAUAGAUCAAUCCAUGCCUCAACAGAGUAUGAAGGUAAAAUAUCUAUCUAAUAAAACUUCAGGCCACUG